AUGGCGUUAGUACCACCCCUGAACCAGCGCGAAGCGCGCCCGCCGCCGGACGCGGAAGCAGCAACUGCGCCGCCGACGGACGCGGAAGCAGCAACUGCGCCGUCGCCACGGGACGCGGAAGCGGCGGUGGCUGCGCUCGCGGCGUCGCCCGUUCCCGCAGCGUCCUCCCGCCCUGUCGAAGCAGCCGUUGCAGCUAGUGCGAGGUCAAUCAACGCGGAGCGCGCGGUCAACACGGUCAACGCUUGUAGCCCGGUCAACGCGGUCAACGCGAAUUGUGCAGCAGAGGCGGUCAACUCUGCCAGCACAAGCAGCGACGUGAUGAGAAUGAGCGACCUGCCCAACGCGAUCCAGCUACGCAUCCUCUCGCUCCUCGCAUCUCCUCCUCCCUCCCUGCCUGCCGCCGCUCCCCAGCAGCAGCAGCAGCAGCAGCAGCAGCAGCACGCAGCGCCCAUCUCCAUUCUGACCAGCAGCGGUAGUAGUAGUGCCAGUGUCAGUGCUGCUGCGGGUGGGGAGAGUAGCGGAGAGCAAUUGAGUGCGGGUGGGGGGGCGCAUGCGGAGGAAAGAGGGGAGGAGCAGGAUCAGGAGGAGCGGCGGGUGAGGGCUGCAGUGGCGGAGAUGAUAACACGUGGCUAUGCUGUGCUGGAUGGCUUCAUGGGGAUGGCCGAGGUGAGAGGACGAGAGGGACUCCUGUUCCUGCUCCUGGUGUUAGUGCAAGCGCACAUUCCCUUCCCUGUCCUCCCACUUCCCUCCCCUCCCCUCCCCUCCCCUCCCCUCCCCUCCCCUCCCCUCCCCUCCCCUCCCCUCCCCUCCCCUCCCCUCCCCUCCCCUCCCCUCCCCUCCCCUCCCCUCUCCCGCUCAGGCGGUGGCAGCAAGGGCGGAAUUAGAGCAGCUGCGAUCGGCACAGUGCAUGCGACCCGCACCUCAAACCCCACCUGCACCUUCGCUUCCCUGUGCUCCUGCUCCCCUCCCCUCCCCUCCCCUCCCCUCCCACGCACAGGCGGUGGCAGCAAGAGCACAGCGGUGGCAGCAAGGGCGGAGGCAGAGCAGCUGCGAUCGGCGCAGUGCAUGCGACCCGCACGCAUAGGCGGAGGGCAGGGAGGAGCAGCAGCAGCAGCAGCAGCAGCAGCAGCAGUAGCAGCAGCACUGGCGCUAGCACUAGCAGGAACAGGAGCAGGAGGAGGAGCAGGAGGAGGGGCAGGAGGAGGGGCAGGAGGAGGGGUAGGAGGAGGGGCAGUAGGAGGGGCAGGGGAGGAGAUGAGUCUGGUGGGGGGUCCGCAGGUGGACGUGAGUGUGAGGGGCGAUGUGCUGGUGUGGCUCACGUCCCUGCCCAGAGAGCAGUUCUCCCCCUACACUCAUCCUCACCUGCACCGCAUUGUGAUCACUGCUCGCGCAUCUGCAUCCCCUCUACCUGCGCCCUCGUGUCCCCUGGACGUCUCGGGAAAGUUCUCCUGUCAACUCGCAUGCUACCCUGGCAAUGGCACUCGGUACGCACGGCACACGGAUCGGUCCCCUUCCAGCCCGCACCGCCGGGUGACGGCUCUCUACUACCUCAACCCUUCCUGGGACCCCGCCUCCAUGGGCGGCAACCUGCGGCUGUAUCUGCCGCGCGCGUCUCAUGUGGGGGACGGUGGUGCUGUAGGAGCAGCAGCAGAAGCAACAGAAGAAGCAGCGUCAGCAGCAGCUGUUAGAACAGGGAUGGGUCAUGCAUACAGGGCUGGUGGCGGUGGUGGUGGCGGUGGCGGUGGCGGUGGCGGUGGCGGUGGCGGUGGCGGUGGCGGUGGCGGUGGCGGUGGUGGUGGUGGUGGUGGUAACAGCGAUGGGAAGCACCAAAGGGGAGAGGAAGAGGGAGAGGAGGGAGAGGAGGGAGAGGAGGGAGGGGAGGAGGAGCAAGAGUGCAGUGUGGACAUAGCGCCGUUGGCAGACCGUCUGGUGCUGUUCCUCAGUCAUAUACCCCACGAGGUCCUGCCCUCGCACGCCCACCGCUUCUCCCUCACCUUCUGGUUCUGCUGCUCCCCGCUCGCACAGCAGGCAACUCCUGAGGCGGUUCCAACGGGAGUAAGCUGCACAGAUGGCCCCCACUCGCAUGGACAGGAGGAGUGCACAGCGCCAGGGGCAGGCGUGCAGGGGAACAACGUGCAGGGGGCAGGGGUGCAGGAGGGAGGAAGUGGAGGGCUAGGAGGUUUUGAGACGUCUCAGCAGCACUCGCAUGGACAGGAGGAGCGCACAGCGGAAGGGGGACGUGUGCAGGGGGGAGGAAGUAGGGGGCUAGGAGGGGAGAUGGCGGGGCGAGGGGGGUUGCCGAGGGAUGGAGGGGGUGCUUUGGGUUGUGAAAGAGGGGGAGGUUGGGAGCAGAGAGCAGGGGAGGGUAGCGCAGGGGAGGGAAGCAAGGAGAUCGAGGAGGAAGACCAUGCAGUCACCACUGCAGCGCUGCUGUCCUCCCUGCCGGCCUGCUACCACCCACAGAUAAGACAGGUGGUGCUACCAGCAUGCAUGGCAAGGGGACCCUGCUGGGCGAGGGCCAUAGCUCAGCACAUGUGGCAGAGCGAAGAGUACUACCUCCAGGUGGGUGGGUGGCAGGCGGGAGGCAGAUGGGCGGCAGGUGAGCAGCAGGUGGGCAGCAGAAGCAGCAUUUCUUUUCUGUUUGCUCUCACGCCGUCCCUCCUUCUCGUCACAUUCAAUCCCUCUCCCCAAUUUCCGCCCAACUCUGAAUCUUCCCAGAUCGACUCUCACAUGCGCUUCCUACCCGCAUGGGACACCCAACUCCUUGCCUUCCACUCCCGCGCCUCCCGCCUCUCCCCCAAGCCCAUCCUCUCCUCCUACCCCCCUGGUUACUUCGGCCUGGGCGCUUCUGCCGUCAUCCCCCCUAUAGACGUCUCUUCUGCUUGCGUUCUCCUGUGCGCGAGCCAUUUCAGUGAGAGAGACGGAAUGCUGAGGAUCAAAGGGAGGCGGGUGCGUAGUGAAACAUGGGGGAGGAAUGGAAGGGAGGAGAGGGGUCGGAGUGGGGGGUCUGCGGAUGCUGAGGAGGGGGCAGGGGAACGGGCGGGACGAGGGCGAGAGAGAGGGUUAAAAGGACCAAAAGAGGGAGAUGGAAGAGACGGGACAGGGGAAAAGGCUUUUGAGGCGCCUCAAAAGUUAAAAGGACCAAAAGAGGGAGAUGGAAGAGACGGGACAGGGGAAAAGGAAGGAGUGGGAGGACAGGGUGCGGUAGAGACAGAGAGGAAGGAGGGAGGGGUGAUCCAGGAGAGAGGGAUGGGUGGGGGCUCUCCUGUGCCGUCGCUGUUCUGGGCUGCUGGUUUCUCCUUCUCCCGCGCAUCAGUCAUCCAUGAGGUGCCCUACGACCCCACACUCUCCUUCCUCUUCUUCGGGGAGGAGCUCUCAAUGGCACUGCGCCUCUUCACACAUGGAUAUGACUUCUUCUCUCCGCCGCUCCCUCUCGCCUUCCACCAGUGGUCCCGCGCCUACCGCCCCUCUCUCCCUACAGUUGUCGCCCCCUGUCUCGCCCCCUCUCCUGCCCCCUCACGCGUGCCCGCACUCUCAUCCUUGUCACCACCGUCUGCGAUCAAUUCUGCUGCCAAGGCAGCCGCUAAGGCAGCGGCACAGGCGCGGGUUCAGCUGCUGCUGUGCCCCCACGGGGCAAACGGUGCAGGGUGUGAGGGCGAGGAGAGUGGAGAGCAGCAGCAGAGCGGGUGUAAGGAGAGGGAGAGAGCAGCGGCAGUGGUGGCAGCAUAUGGUGGUGGGGAGCGGCUGGAGUGGAGUGUUGUGCCUUGGACAGACGUGCAUGGCAAGGCUCAAGUGGGAGUGGGGGUGGGAGUGGGGACACAGCGCACGGUGCAGCAGUAUAUAGAGCACUGUGGAGUGGACUUCUGCAGGAAAGUGGUCAGUGAGCGGGCCAAGAAUGGUGGUUUUGACGCCUCGUGUUUUGUGGAUGGUGGUGAUGCUGCUGGUGAUGGUGAUGAAGCUGCUGACUUCUAA